AUGCCUCACCUGUACAGACGUUCUCAGAUUCCAAGUCUGCCUUAUCUACUUAGUCAAAAGAUUAGAAACAUAACUGGAGAAAGACCAACCCCAAAUAGAGACCAAGCCACUCAAGCCAAAGUGAAAUGGUUUCCUUCAGCUCUAGAGGAUUCCAGAAUGAAACAUCAGAAGAAGAAACCUUCAGUUCAGAAAUUUUAGAUGAAGAAUUUUCAGUCUUUUGUUAGUAUUUUUGUUAUAGUUUAUAGCAAUAAUUUUUCACUAAUGUAUAGCUUAAUAGUAUACUUGACAAUAUAAACAUUUAAUUUAAGCAAAAAUA